AUGAUGCCAUCGGACUCGCUGGCGUGCCUUCCGCCUGAGCUUUUGGCCCGAGUAUGCGAAUUCAUUGAGCUCAAAAGAGACCUGUCUGCGAUUAUCCGAAGCACGCGACAGUUGUAUGGAGUCGCCACGGCCUAUUUGUACCGAGACAUCGAUCUCCUCUCCGCGCAGGACUUUGAUCACCGUUCUCAAAAGGAUGAGAACAAUGUCUACAUUGAGUCUCUCGCGAGAGCAUUUCUGCGAGACCCCCAGCUCGGUCACUAUGUCCGUCGGCUCGCCAUUCGUCUUCCAGAAACGUCCAGCCGUCACCAGUUAUUGACUCCACUGAACCUAGAGACCGAAGUGGCCGUCAGAUCACUUUUGAGUACCGCCUCCGGGCCCGCGACCCACAGCACCGCGGCCCAAGAUCAUUCCCCCGGUGCUAGUGAUCACGACAGUGGCAGCGAGGAGUGGGAUACGACAGAUGACGAGAGCGAUCUUGAACUGGAAGCUGACUCAUCCGUCUCGGAAAAGUGUCCGGACUUUCAAAGUGAAGCGGACAUGUGGGUUUACUUUGCAGGCAAGAACAAAGCUACACGGCGAGAUGUGUUCCUGACGCUGCUACUCUCCCGCGUGCCCAGGCUGGAGUGCUUGGACCUUGAGAAGCCCAAGCGUGGAUGGAGAACUGGCUUUCUUGACCAGGUGCUCAAUAACAGCCACGAUGGUCUACAGCCGUUCAAGGACUCACCAAUGCUCAGCAGCGUCCGGAAAAUGUGUUUUGGUUAUACCUCCCCCGAAAUUCGCGGCGAGUCAUGGAUUGGCUCAUUUCUCCUUCCGGGGUUGGAGGAACUGUAUUUGCACCGCAUAUACAGCCUCGGAUCCUUUUUGAGCAAACCAGCUGGAAGCAGCAGCUUCACUGGCUGUCUCAAUAUUACACAUCUUGAACUACGAGAUUGCAGGAUACCCCCGCCGUCUUUGCGUCGCUUACUAGCUGGCCCAAAGGCUCUGAGAACUUUCAUCUACGUCAUUGGCGAGCCAAGUAGCCAACUGGAAUUCAUGGUCCCGAUCAGCUACAAAUCAGUCCGCGCCGCCCUCGAGCAGCAGAAAAACAGUUUGGAGCAUAUUUGGAUUGACUAUCCUCACGAUUACUCUUGGGACGAGAUGACCAGCCAGCACACCCAUCCUAUGGGUAGUUUCUCUGGUUUCACCAAGCUCAAGCACUUGCACAUCGCCGGUACCUAUCUGUUUGGUUUUGUGUGGGAGUCUGACCUUGACCCUAGGCGCCUCGUCCAGGCACUCCCGCAACAGAUCGAAACUGUCCAUAUAUCUCAUGCCGACGAGGAUGAUGAGACGUUUGAGGGCGUUAACUGGGUGAUUGCUGCCAAAAAAGAAGGGCGGCUUCAGGACUUGACCGAGUUGAAGCUUGAAGCCGAUUUUCAGUGGCUGUUGCAUGCCCGCAGCCAACUGAGGCAACUGGCAGUCAAAGCAGAAGCAGUAUCGCUCCAUAUUAAAUUCUUUGAUAAUUCUGCUGUCACCAGAAUCGAAGAGGUUGCGCAUUGGAAGCAAGUUGCGCUCCGCCGACAACUGUCGCUCUUUGGCAAGCGUUUCGAAAAUCCAUGGGGGUUCAAAGGAGAGGUGUCAUGGCCUGAGCGUGUCAGCGGUUGCAUGCAAACUCCCAUCUAUUGGGAGGUCGCCAUUGAUGAUUCCCCAUAUCCAACGCGUAUUAGUCCCCCCACAGCGACACCAGAGAGAUAUCCAAGAAUAGUCCUGCCGGGGAAGUAG